AUGAGCGGCCGUAGCAGAGGGUACGGUAACCAGUAUGGUGGUGACGAUGGCGGCAGAGGUUAUGGUGGGGGUCGUGGCGGAGGUCGCUACUCUGACAGCCGUGGAGGCGGAGCUGGAGGUCGCUAUUCCGAUAGCCGCGGAGGCGGAGGCGGAGGUCGCUAUUCCGAUAGCCGUGGAGGCGGAGCUGGAGGCCGCUAUUCUGAUAGCCGUGGAGGCGGAGCUGGCGGGUUUCGCAGAGGUGGAGGCGGCAGCGGCGACCGUCGCGGUCCUGCCCCCGUUCACGAGGUGUAUGGUGCCACCCAAACGGCUACUAACCACUACGAGAUUUUGCCACCCAAGAGCGAGAUCCUCUUCCAAAAACAUUUGGUCGAGUUGCAGCCGCUCUCGGAACUGCAGUACACAAUGGAAGCCGAUGCCAGAGUGGCCAUUGUAGAAAGGGCUCUUGACAAGAACCAUAUCGAUGUCGACUCUGUUCUUUACGACGAUGACCGAAUCCUUUAUUAUCCUGCUGACAAGGAGCCCAUCCGUUUGGAAGUGCAGGUCUUGCAUUCCAAGGUCGAAUGGACGCUGUCGAUUAGGCCCCAAGGAGACCCUUUGAACCUGUGCCGCGCUUUUACCAAGUAUGCUGCCGGAGGCGGCAUGGACGUUGUUCGUGAGGAGGAGCAGCUCUUUGACAUCCUUAUGAAGAAGGCAGCUGGUGCGGGCAACUACACAAAGAAUAAGCGGGUCUUUUUGCCGAAGGACGACCCGGAUGCCUUCAUCGACUUACAAGACAGUCGUCAACAACUUAGUCUAGGCGCAAUGAAGUUAUGGAAGGGGCACUGCCAGACCCUCUCGGUGAUUCAGAAUGGCCAGACGAAAGUGCCUGAGGAGCGGACGCAUCAAAUCACGCUUUGUGUGAACGCCGCUUCGACCAUGGGCCUUGAGCAGCAGUCCCUCGAGGAGUACAUUCUGGUUUCUACGGGCAUUCGCGUGACGGCUUCCGCAACUAUCAAUGACCGGAAGAAAGCGGAGAUCCGGGAGUGCCUCAAGGGCUUGAAGCUUAACGCAACUCACUUGAAUUACAGACCGUUCAAGGUGAAGGGUCUUAGUGAUUUAACUGCCAAUACGUAUGAGUUCGAAGGGAAAGACGGAAAGUUGACCAACGUCACAAAAUACUUUGCCGACACCUACAAGAUAAAAUUACGAUACCCUAACGCUCCCCUGAUGGAGAAGGUAGGGGGCAAGAAGGUUUACUACCCGGUGGAGGUGUUGGAAGUGUGCCAACAAUCGGUGAACAGAAUGGUGAACGAGGCGGUGAAGGCGAGAAUUGGCGAGAUCAUGACCAUGCCGCCGGGAGAAAGAAUUAGGUACAUCAACAAUGUUGUAUCCCGACACUUCGUUGAGAACCCAGUGCUCAAGCGAUUUGGGAUUGAACUAAGCAAGAAAGAAAUGCUCGUUUCCGCACAUGUCAUUAGACCUCCGAACUUGUUGUAUGGGGUGCGCGGCAAGAAGGGACAGACCAUGGGCAUUCAGGUGGGUCAAGGGAAGUGGAACAUGUCCCAGAGCGCCUUCAUUGAGCCGAGAAACGUGCAGCACUACGGCGUAAUCAUUUAUAGCUGCAGAAUCGACGACAAUCUCGUCCAGGAUUUCUUUGGCACCGUCAGCAGAGAAUCGACCAAGUACAACAUGCGAUUGGCCCAAGCCCCCGAAUUCAAGUGGGUUUGCAAUGGACUAUCUGACCUCCAGGCCAGAGCCGAGAAGCUUGGCAAACUUCUCAAGCAGAACCACCUGGAUAUUUUAUUCGUGUUUAUUCGCGAGAAACACACUGGUUUGUAUGGGGACGUCAAGAGUUGUUUUGACGGAAUGAUUACAACGCAAGUUCUGACAGCGAUGAAGACUCCCAUCAUCAACAGAAGAGACCGUGGCAUGGAAGGACACAUUGCUAACAUCUUGAGCAAGGUGAACCAAAAACUCGGUGGCAUUUGCCACAAGAUCAACCAUGCCGCCGUGGAGGUUCGGGCUGUGCAACAGAUGCUAGGCAACAAGGGAGACACGGCCAUCAUGGCUCUUGCCUUCUCCAACCUUCGUGCACAAGCGCCGAGGCUGAAGGAUGGAAAAAGUCUAAUACCCGUUAUUUCUGCUCUGGUUUGCUCUGUUGACCGAGACGGCGUGUCAUACGUGCAUACUGUACGGUGCGAAAACUCGGCAGGCAACUUUGAUGUGUGUGGCAGACUUACCGAAAUGGCCAAGGAUGUUUUGGAUGAGCGAGCAAGACUAGACGGCACAGGUCGGUGGCCAAAACGCAUUAUUUUCUUCAGAGAUGGAGUCAGUGACGGAAUGCUAAAUGAGACAAUUCAACAGGAAAUUCGCGCAAUCGCUUCCGCCUACAAUGAGAAGUCGAUCACUCCUCCAGUGGUCCUCUGCAUAGCGGUUCGGCGCGCUCAUCAGACGCGGUUCUUCGUUCCGAACUGUGCUAAUGACGCUACCAACAUGCCUCCUGGCACAGUCGUUUUCGACAACCUUUCCAUCCCCUCUUCAGUCCCCAACUUCUACCUACUCUCCCAGGCUGGCAUCAAGGGCACUUCGCACCCUGCUCGCUACAUGGUCUACUGCGACACACUCAAGGACUUCGACGCGCAAUUGCAGCAAAUGAGCGCCAAUGAACGCUUGAUGUUCUACGCGCACUUCAUCUACCAGGAAGCACACCUCUUCCAACGCGCACAAAGAGCUGUCAGCAUGCCCGCUCCCGUCUACUACGCCUCCAACCUAGCUGAAAGAGGAGGCAUUUGGAAGAAGGACGAGCUCCUGAAAUACCUAGACCUUGUUUCCGGCAACGUCGGAGUCACUGCCGACGUAGGCGGCAGGAUUGGGCAAAUUGACCAACAGCUAAAAGAGAAGAGCCAAAGAUGUAACAUUGGUUUUUACAACUAA